GAUCUGUAAGUGGAAUGUAAUCAAUUUAUACUUUUUGCUGCGUAUUGUAAAAUUCUGUACCCUAUCUUAUUGUAUUCUAUGCCCGUCUGUUCGCCCUAGUUCUGUCUGUGAUUUUUAGUCUAUGGUCGAUGGCGCGCCGCGCUAGCUCAACAAUGCCUGACAUGAAAUACAUUUUAGUCACCGGCGGUGUUAUAAGUGGCGUCGGAAAAGGUGUCAUCGCCAGUUCUUUUGGCACAAUUCUAAAAAGCUGUGGAAUUGAUGUGACUUCAAUUAAAAUUGACCCCUAUAUCAAUAUCGACGCAGGAACUUUCUCUCCAUAUGAACAUGGUGAAGUUUACGUACUUGAUGACGGCGGUGAGGUAGACCUCGAUCUUGGCAACUAUGAACGCUUCCUAGAUAUAACUCUGCAUCGGGAUAAUAACAUUACAACCGGCAAAAUAUAUCAGCAGGUGAUUGAACGUGAACGUCGCGGCGACUACCUCGGAAAAACAGUGCAAGUUAUUCCACACAUAACCGACGCUAUUCAAGAAUGGGUACAGAGGGUAGCCCAUAUUCCAGUUACACCUGAGAACACACCCCCAAUGGUUUGCAUCGUAGAGUUGGGGGGCACUAUCGGUGAUAUAGAAGGAAUGUCAUUUGUUGAAGCAUUCAGACAGUUCCAGUUCCGAGUUAAGAAAGAGAAUUUCUGUUGUGCUCAUGUGUCAUUAGUACCAAUGCCAAAAUCAACCGGAGAACCAAAAACUAAACCAACACAAUCAUCAGUGCGAGAACUUCGUGGCCUUGGACUGUCACCAGACCUAAUACUGUGUCGCUCAGAGAAGCCUAUCAACCACAAUGUCAAAGAGAAAAUCUCAAACUUCUGUCAUGUUGCACCAGAACAGGUAAUCUGUGUUCAUGAUUUAACAUCAGUGUAUCAUGUUCCACUGCUUAUGGAGAACCAAGGUGUAGUUCAGUACUUGAAUGAGAGACUACAGCUGAAUAUUUCUAUGCCACGUCCAUCAAGGUUUAUGCAAAAAUGGCGCAACCUUGCCAAAAGGGUGGACAAUCUCAGACGAGAGGUCAACAUUGCUCUCGUGGGGAAGUACACCAAGUUGGAGGACAGCUACGCAAGUGUCACGAAGGCUCUGCAGCAUGCAUGCAUUGCAGCGGGGUGCAAGCUCGUGCUCACUUACAUCGAAGCGGUCAACUUGGAGAAGCAGACAAAGAUUGAUGACCCCGUCGCAUAUCACAAGGCAUGGCAGGAUUUGUGCAAAAGCGAUGGCAUUAUCGUUCCUGGCGGUUUCGGACAAAGGGGUAUAGAAGGCAAAAUUGAGGCAUGCCAGUGGUGUAGAGAAACCCAGAAGCCCAUGCUAGGUAUAUGCCUCGGAUUGCAAGCGGCGGUCAUAGAGUUCGCAAGAAACGUGCUUGGCUUAAAAGGCGCUAAUACUACUGAAGUGAACCCGGACUGUGAUGAUAAACUUGUGAUCGAUAUGCCGGAGCAUCAUCCUGGAAACCUUGGGGGCACUAUGCGACUGGGAAAGAGGAAAACAUAUUUGGAUCCCUCCAUUGUAUCAAAACUGUACAAGAAAGAGGAGAUAGAAGAACGCCACAGACACCGCUACGAAGUGAACCCAGAGUACAUCGAGCGUCUCGAGGCGAGCGGCCUGCGCUUCGUCGGCAAAGACGUGACUCGCACGCGCAUGGAGGUGGCCGUCGUCGACUCGCACCCCUACUACGUGUCCGUGCAGUUCCACCCGGAGUAUCUCUCUCGACCCCUCUCACCCAGCCCCGUGUUCUUAGGGUUAAUACUUGCGUCGAUCGGCAAAUUGAAGAGUUACAUGUCUAAAGGUUGUCGCCUCAGCCCACGGAAUCAAUCCGACGUAAGCUCAGAUGAAGAGGAUAUAUCAAUAUCCUCCUUGAGUUUGAUAGAUGAAAAGGGGGUGGCUGAAAACGGUAAACCACUGAAUGGUGUACAUUAAUAUUGUAAUUAUAUGAAUUCGAAUUAGUUUAAGAGAAAUGUACUAAUAGUUUAAGAAGUAAACGCUAAAUGUUAAGCUAACUUGUCUAUUUUACCAGUGAUAAAUGAACUUUUUUUCUUUUUAGUUUCGUAUUUAACCCUUUGCUCACACGAAACAACUGAAAAAAUUAUUUUUAUCUAUAUUGUUAAUUAGUUUAACAUAAUAUUAUGUGCAAACGAAAAUACUGUUCCAAUUAUGGAACAAAAAUAUUGUUCCAAUUUUGGAACACAAUUUGAAACUACAUAAUUUAAAACAACUGCCAUAUAUUUUUUGUUAAUUAUUUUAUUGAAGUCUUGUAGUUUAAAGUGUUGCUUUGUUUCUUUUUUGGUGUUAUUAGCAAGUUUUUUGGUAAACAAAUGAAUUUAAAACUGCAGUAUUCUUAAAACUAAUAACUAGUUUUAAGAAUACUGCAGAAAGUUUUGAUUUAUUAUAUUUUUUAGAUUUAUAUUUAUGAGUUGACAGUUCAUGUCUCUCAUUAAAAGAUUUAUAAUAACUUUUCGUAAGUUAUUUUAUAUAAUUGCAUUCUAACGCUUCCACAAAUGAAAUUCUAUAUUGACUUCUUCACUCAACUUCUUUAUCAAUGAAAUUACCUAGUCAUCCGCUAUACAGCAUAAUAAUUACAAAAAAAAAAUGAUUUUGUUAAACUGUAUCUAAAAUAAUGUAAUCUUCUAGAUAUAAUUUUAAAGGUUUAUUUUGUGUGAUGAAUUCAGAUUUGCAAUAGUUUUUGAACAAAUCUGGUUACAUUUUUUACUAUUUAAGGAUUUUUUUGUUAGAGAUGAAAUAUCUAACUACAUUUUAUUGAACGUAGUGUGUUUUAAACAAAUGGAAUAAGCACAUUUAAGCUGGCAACAUUGAAAACAGACUGCAUCAGGAAUGGCAAAACCAUAACAUAGCACGCGCCAAAAUAAUACCUAUGCUUAUGGCGAAAAAAUAUGUUUAUAUGUUUUGUUUUAUCUUUUGAUUUAUAUUAUACGUAACAAAAUCAUUCAUGAAGUUAGUUUAAAAAAAAUUACCAAUUUUGGAAAAGAAUAUGGCGCCGUUUAAUUUUCGGCUAAGUCAAAAUCAACGGUUUUCUACCCCAGAAAAUUUACCGAUUUUGGGAAAGAAUUUGGCGCUGAUUAUUUUUUUUCCAAAUCAAAGUCAACGGUUUGCUACCCCUGAACUAGAUUGUGAAUUAAAUUCUUACUGUGCGGUGCUUAAGUGUGCACAUAACUGUAUACAUUCCUAAUUAUAAUCCAUAUAUUAUGUAUGAAAAGUGUAUGACUGAAGAAUAAGUGUCCUUAUAGUUGGUAGCUAAAGGCCUCAAGUUUAAAUUUGUAGCUGCAUAGUUGGUAAAAACAUUUUUGAUGUUUCUAACACAUAAUUUGCUAGAAACUUCAUAAAUUAAAAUUGCUGUCAAAUGAAAAAAAAAUCACAUCGAUCUCCUAUUAAAAAGUGGAUGCACAAUCAGCGACUAAAAAACGUCCCCACUCAAUGAGUGCCUAAUACAACUUCGUGGCACUCAAUUCAAUCAGUCGCAUUUAUUUACAUAGUCGCAUUUGCAAAUACAACCUUAAACUCAGUCCUAAAGGUUGAAUUUGCUCUGAAUUUGGGAUUUUAUUGAAUAUUGGACUAUAUUUAAAGGCCUUUAGGUAUUAUUUUCUUUACCAAUAAUUCUAAAACUGUCAAAGCAAAAUUGGUUACUUUUUUUAGUGAAAUUUUCUACAUGAUUGUGCGUCCUUUUAUUAUAAGAGGUCAAUGGGAAAUCAAUAUUAAAUAACCACGAGCCUUUAAAAUAAAGAAGACGUAAAGUCACUUUAAGGUGUCAAUAACAUCUUCAAAAAUGAAUUUGAGGCCUUUUAAAUUAUUAUAUUCCUUACCUAUUAAACUACUCCUAAAAUAAAAAUGGCAUUAUGUGUGUACGUCUUGAUUGUACAAUGUACAUUUUGGUAUAUUUUCAUUUUAUUAUUGCUAAUAGUUGGCUAAUAGCUAUAAUAUGCUUAUUAUAUAUAUUUACACACAAUAACCGAUAAAUAAACAUGAUAUUAUUUCGCAAAUGAAUCUCUAUACAAUUAAUAAGAAGUAACUUUUAUAUUACAUUAAAGUGCCAAGUUAAAAUGUAGAUGAUAUUAAUAAUACAAUGAUAUAUAAUACUAAUAGGUAUAAACUUGUUACUAUUCAUCUUGUUUCAUAUUCUAUUAUUUAACCUGCAAGGCAGGAGGAUCAUACCCAGUGGCGUGCACAAGAUUUUUAAAUAGGGUAUGCACUAUAUUUAAUAAUUGGAAAAAUUCUUGUCCCCUGCUAUGUAUUCUACUAUGUAUUCCGUGGAUUUAGGGUAGGCAGUGCAUUUUUGUAUCUAUGAAGUGCACGCCAUUGCUAUAUUAUGUAUUUAAGGUAUUUAUAAUAAUUAAUAAACCAUAGAAAAUAGGUGCAGCAAGUAGAGUCAAAAACAACCGAGUAAUAUUUCAAGCUCACUAAUUAAAAAAAUAAUGUUUAUGAUAUAAUUUUGUUGCUUUGCUUUGAAAACCCUCCCCUCUUUACUGCUUGGAUAGUAUUAAUAAUAGAAUUACCAUUUAGGUAAUUUUUAUUUUUUACUUCCUGUUUUUUUAAUGAAUGAAUGUGUUUCGAAAAACAUGAUGAUAUUUAUAUAAUAAAUUAUUAAAAGCUUUGAUGUUAGUGUUAUAGUAUGCCUCAAAUUAUGUUAAGAAUUCAUAGACAAAUUUUUGCCACCGCAAAACACGAUUUUGUGCUUGUAAUGAAUUUAAAUAAUGAUAUUGGCACAAUGUGGCGUUUAUUUGCGCUGGUUAUUAUAAAUAAGAAUUUAAAAUAAAGUUAUAUUGAAUUUAGUAUAUAAAAAUAUGUAAUUUACGAUCGCAAUGCCCCAAAUGACGAGAUGUUUCGUAUCGCUGUUGCUUGUAUGUAAUAAUAACCUAUGCCAUAAUAAAAUGAUGUUAUAUUUUGAAA